GUACGGAGACGACCAAUGGCGGUACAGGGGCGGGCGCAGGCAUUUCCUGGAGACGGAGCCCGGCACUGGGGGAAUCUCGCUCGCUGGAGGGGAUCGGUCGCGCCCAGACCGGGCGAGAGCCGAGGGGCCUCGUGCAGGAUGAACGUGGGGGUGGCGCACAGCGAGGGGAACCCCAACACGCGCGUGAUGAACAGCCGCGGCAUCUGGCUGGCCUACGGGAUCCUGGUGGGCGUCCUCCACAUCGUCCUCCUCAGCAUCCCCUUCUUCAGCAUCCCCGUGGUGUGGACCCUCACCAACGUCAUCCACAACCUUGCCAUGUACUGGCUGCUGCACACCGUGAAGGGGACCCCGUUCGAGACGCCGGACCAGGGCAAGGCCCGUCUCCUCACCCACUGGGAGCAGAUCGAUUACGGCACCCAGUGCACCUCUUCCCGCAAGUUCCUCAGCAUCUCGCCAGUAGUCCUUUACCUCCUCACCAGCUUCUACACCAAAUACGAUCCUGCGCACUUCAUCAUUAACACAGCCUCGCUGCUCAGUGUCUUGCUCCCCAAGCUGCCUCAGUUCCACGGGGUGCGCGUCUUUGGCAUCAACAAGUACUGAGACCCAGCCUAACUUCCACAUUGCCCCCGCGGGGAGGGAGCAGGACCAUGUGGACAUCUCGAGCAGCAUGCACUCCGCAGGGAGCAGACGAGGCCAGCGAGGGAGCAGGACUGCCUAGUGCCUGCAGCGCUGCUGUUUGUUGGGGGAAGUUCCUCUCUGAGCCCAAGGCAGCCAAGCUGUCUGAAGCGAGCAGAGUGUGUAAGCUGCAUCUGCACAGCCCCUCUGAGCCAGCUGAACUUCCCAGAGCCACAGGCUGAGGGGAGAACUGCCCAGCUGGUGGAACAGCCAGGUUGCCUUGCCCCCCUCCCCCCGCUUUUCUAUGUUCCUGCCAUAAUAAAGCCAUUCGAGACACUAGCAUGGAGCUGCUGCAGGGGCCGGGGCAGUGGGCUCAGCGCCUGCAUGGGCUCAAUACGAGCGCCUAGAAUGGGACACGGUCACUUCAGCAGCCUGGAGCUCACCCUAGCACCAUGAGUGCAGCAAAGUGGCUACAACCAUGUGACCCACCAGAGCUCUUGUUUUACUAAGGAACCUCUGCCCUGCUGGAGCAGCGCCUGCACAGGCUGAGUACAGUCUCCCAGCCCCGUCCUAAGGCAGCAAGGCCAUCAGGUGCCCCUUUCCUAGGCAGGCACUAUCCCUGCUAGCCAGCAAGGGGCAGUGGCAGCCUAGGGAAGAGAACUCAGCAUCUGGCUUCAGUCUCUGGGGGGGGGGCCCUCCCUCAGAGCAGGGAACAAUGAGGCUCAGACAGUGGCAGUGAGGGGGAGGGGAGCUGGCCUGGGCAGGCUGCCAGAGAGACUCCAUGGACAAUGGAGACCAUGCAAAGUUCUGGGAAGGACAGAGUAGCUGCCCUGCCUUGCCCCUUGUUGGCCAAGUUCCCCACCCCCACCAGGCUCCUCAAGCCCAG